GUUCGGCUACACGUCUUCGUUUUGUUUUCUUCGAUGCCUCUUCAAAUGGCACCCGUGGCCGUCCAACUGAGCGACAAGGAGGUUCUUGUUCCUCAUCCGAAGAUGUGUUUUCUUCAGAAUCAUUAUUUAUUCUAUAUACAGGAGCAAGUGAACCCUAAGGCUAUGAUUUUGUAAAAGUCGAUUCCGAGAUUGUCCUACUUUCUGCGAUUUAUUUGCCAUUUUCAACCCAAACAACUGGCUGCGUUUCAU